CUCACUCGUCAGCUGGGUGAGAGUGAUGCAGUUAUGAGCAGUUUGGAGAAGGAACGAGACUUUUACUUCAACAAGUUGCGACAAAUUGAGGUUGUCUGCCAAGAUAAUGAGUCGAUCGGUACCGUCGAAGUAUCGCGAAUUCUUGAGAUAUUGUAUGAAACAGAGGAAGGUUUUGCUGCACCUGAUGAAGACGAAGAACAGUAG